UUUCUGGCACAACAAAAACAAAUACGUAAAAAUUUCAGUUGAUAUUGAUUUUCCUCAAGUGGAUCCCAAAUUGAGCGUGGAACCAGCUACCAGCCACCAGCCACCAGCCGGCAUCAGCUGUUGGCCAAGUUAGCCAGGCAACAAAAGCAACAACCGUUGAAACAACUGCGCCGCGAUAAAAUUGUUUGCCAAUAAGAAUAGAGCUUAGUGCGAAGUGGAAGCCGAAAGAUAAAGGAACGUGGCUGGCGCUGCAGCUGCAUCAGAUACAUUUUCAGAUACGAGAGAUUCGAGAUACCGCGAGAUAGUGAAACUCUGAAACAGGAAGAGAAGCCACCACCGCUGCUCAAGUCCCGGCCAUGUUCAAGUUUUUGAAAAGCAAACUUUCUCAAUUCAUUCCAAAACAAAAUCGUUUGGUUAUUCUGCGCCAUGGCGAAAGCGAUUUCAACAUCGGCAACCGAUUCUGCGGCUGGCACGACGCUCCAUUGAGCGACAUUGGCGUUAAAGAGGCUCUCACCGUCGCUGUUCCAGCACUGCAACAGUCAAAGCUGGAAUUCGACAUGGUCUACACAUCGGUGCUGAGCCGAUCUCGGGAAACCGCCGACAUGAUCCUGAGCAACAUGAGCUGCUCCUACGUGCCCGUCAAGGAGGACUGGCGCCUCUCCGAGCGCCACUACGGCAAUCUCACCGGGCAGCGGAAACGCGAGGUGGCCAACAUGUAUGGCGAGGAACAGGUGAUGCAGUGGAGAAGGGCCUACGAUGUGGCGCCUCCCCCGAUAUUGGAGAGCAACCGCUACUUCUACACCAUCUGCAGCAAUCCCAUAUUCGACGAUGUGCCGCCGGGACACUUUCCGCUAACCGAAUCCAUGCACAUGUGCGUCGAUCGGGUGACGCCGGUGUGGCAUGAGGUCCGGCAGGAGGUGCUCAAGGGCACCCGGGUGCUCAUGGUGGUCCACGGGACAGUAGCCCGUGCCCUCGUCCAACUCAUAGAGGGCGUCUCCAACGAUGCCAUCGAAAAGAUCAACAUCGCCAAUUGUGUGCCCCGCGUAUACGAGUUCGAUCUUACCGCGGGCAAGUUGAUAGGCGGUGGCAUCAACCUGGGCAACCCGGACUACAUCAAACGCAAAGUGGCCGAGGUGGCCGCCAUCGGGGACUAAUCUGGGAACUGAUAUUCGAUUCAAUGAUAUAUGACACCGAUUGUACGUAACCCUGUGUCUUUGCUGGAUGAAGUCUGAGUUGUAUGAAUUUAAGUACUACAUAUUAUGGAUUUAAUUUAUUUUGUCUAACGUAUCAAAUAUUUUUGGCCAAAAAUAUACAUUUUAUACUAAA